AUGGGGCUUCCGGCGCUUGAGCGGAUCAUCUCCAUGCAGCGGGAGCGGCGCCGCCGGCAAACGCGAGCCCGUGGCAAGCUGCCGCCGCCGCCGCCGCCUCUCUCUCAGCUCCCUCGCCCCCCUCAGCGGAUAUUCUGCGGAUCGAUCGCUUCAGCGCCUAAAAGGAAGUCAUCAGCCCUCCACCUCCAGCAAGAUGGUAAUUCUCAAGGUGCCAAAAGAAUGAAAUAUCUGCCGAUUCUUCCGGAGGACAUCUGGUGGCAUAUACAUUCACUAAUGCCAAUGCUAGAUGCUGCCCGAGCUGCCUGCGUUUCUCGUACCUUUAUGCAUUCCUGGAGACGCCAUACCAGCCUCACCUUCAGUGAAAAAACACUAGGCAUGGAUGAAAGUGUGUGUGAAAAGGAUGGAAAAGCAAGGGAUCUCACCUACAAAGUUGCCAACAUCUCAAUAGAACACCCAGGCAUUGGUGUGAAGAGAGUCAGAAUUGAGUUCGAUGAUUACAAGACCAGGGCCUAUUAUCUUGAUCGUUGGCUUCAGAUUGCCAUCACAACUGGGAUUGAAGAACUCAGUGUGUCUUCGUCUAUGUGCCAAAAAAGGUUCAAGUUCCCAUGGUCACUUUUAUCUGAAGGAAGUGGAAACUCAAUUCGGUACCUGGACCUUUCCUGGUGUGCGUUCCGUCCAACAGUCAGACUUGGCUUGAGAAGUUUGACUCAACUUACUCUGUUUGAUGUCCAUAUUUCAGAAACUGAGUUGGCCUGCCUCCUAGACAAUUCAUUUUCUUUGCAGCAGUUGACACUCAUGUGGUGUAGUAAGAUAGUUAGACUGAAGAUACCUCCGCUGGUGCAGCAGCUCAUCACCCUCGAAGUGUUGGGAUGUAAGAGGCUGCAGGCGAUAGAGAUCGAUGCACAAACUUUAUCCAAAUUUUUUUUUUGUGGUAAGCAGCUAGUACAACUCUCGUUUGGAGAAGCAUUACAUUUGAAGACCGUAGACAUGCACUCUCGUGGUGCUGUCUGUGAUGCCCGUGCCAAUCUUCCGUCCAGCUUGCCAAACCUUGAAACUCUUUCUGUAUAUUCAUAUUGUGAGGCGGUCAGUACGCCGAUGGUCGGUAGCAAAUUUCCAUUCCUCAAGCACUUGACUGUUAAACUUGCUGCGGCUGCGGCUGCGGCUGCGGCCCCAGACUAUGAUUAUUGUUCCCUGAUAUCAUUUUUUGAUGCUUCUCCUUCGUUGGAGACAUUCUUCUUGAAUGCGUUCCUGGGAAGCAUGCAUCAUCCAUCCAUUUUGGGAGAUCCUUCAGGUCGGAGGCAGAUGCCGGAACACCGCUAUGACAAGCUCAAGAAUGUGACUAUUGUUGGUUUCUCCUCUGCCAAGACUUUGGUUGAGCUAACAUGUCAUAUUCUUGACAGUUCAAAGUCACUUGAGUUUCUUACAUUGGACGCCACCCAAGGAUAUGAUUACCUUAGGUGUUCUGUCAACAGAUCUGGCAAAUGCUUCCCUGUGAGCAGGGAUGUCAUCUUGGAAGGUCGUCGAGGGCUCUUGGCUAUCAAGAAAUACAUCAAGGGAAAUGUUCCGCCUAAAGUGAAGUUCACCAUUGUGGAGCCUUGCAGCCAGUGCCAUGUUGUUGAGCUUUAG